ACUUCAGAAUACUUGCGAGUCCGCUUCCAAUUCCAAGACGGUGUAUGACCCACCAAAUCCAGGCACAGCACCUAACUAUUGGGAAGCAGUUUCAGAAACGUAGAAAAUUCGUCGUCUGUGCUAAAGAGCAGAGGAACGGAGAUGAAAAUGAGAUAAGCAAAGAGCCAAACCCCAGCAACGGAAAUGGUAGUGAGAAUAAGGAGGCCCCAUUCUUUAAGCUGAAAUGGACAGAGCUUCUGCUUGACCCAGACCCAGAUAACGUGGUAUCAGUGGGAUUGACUGGUCUGCUUACAUGGGCAAGCGUCCAAGUGGUGUGGCAGCUCUUGGCUGUCUCAUUUGCUAUUGUGGUUGCUGCUCUUAAGUAUUCUUUUGUGGCUGCUCUUCUUAUAUUUAUUCUUGUUGCCCUUCUCUAAUUAUAUCAGUUGUAAUUGUGAUUCGUUAUCAUGUGAAAUGUAUAUUUGUUGCUUGAUGAU